UCCCAAAACUGCGGAAUUCUUGUGGGUGAUCUUCGCGCAUCUGUCCGCCGGUCAGCUGCUGAAGAUGCGCCACGUUUGCCGCCGCUGGCGGGAACUCGCAACCGCUGCUGCCGUACUGCGCGCCAAGCUCGCGGUCACCUUUCCCCGGACGUUUCCCGUGGACGUCGAUUGCACGCCCUAUCCGGCCCUGCUGCCCGUCGGCAAGCUUACCUUCGAACAGGUCCCGCUGGUUGGGGUUUGCAGCUGGUGGCCGGCGUUCGGGCCGGGGCUGGUCGAGUUUCGGAUCAGAGGAUGUUCGCUCGAGCUGCCGGUUCUGGUCGGAUUCCUGAAGCACACGCCUAAUGUUAGAGUUUUGGAACUCGCCUAUAUUAAAUGCACUGGUGAAUGGCGCGACACCGAUGGAGUAGAUCUUGGCAAUUUGGAGAAUCUUUUUCUUGUCGAUUUCGCGAAAGGUUUGAGCAUCUUCGGAAAUUGCAACUUGAAAGUUCUGGGAUUCACCUGGGAGAGCGUCGAUGUUUCUACGUUGGAAUUUGUCAACUUUGUUGGACGUUUUCAAGAUACGCUGGAGGAGCUGUACUUUACCGCUUCAGAAGAUAUUCUGGUCGAAUUAAAGAAACUGCAACGAUUGAAGUUGAAGAAAUUGUUGCUAAACAGUUUUGCUUUCGAAAACAACCAGCUUAUUAUCGAUCUCUGCAGGCAGCAACCGCUUUUGGAAUGGCUCGAUCUUACGCAAAUCCUGUCUUUUGACGGAGCAGAGAGAGAGGGAAAGGAAUUGAUGGAAAUCGGCGAGCUUCUUCCCAGAUUAAGAUUCUUCUCAGUGAACAUCACACCAGACACCUAUUUUGAUCUAUCAUUUGUGUCGAAAAUGCCUCAACUGAAGAAACUCGAAAUAGAUGGCAUCAGCGGAGACUUCCCGCAGGACGUAGUCGGUCCAAUCUGUCCCAAUUUACGGACGCUGACGUUUUCGAGUAUCCACUUUGUGUGCUGCUCCCUGCGGAAAAUUCUAGCAAAUAUGCCCAACCUUCAAACCUUAACUUUUAAACACUGCUCGGUUGACACCUGGUCCGACCUGCUAAAGGCGCUCGAACCCCCAAAACUGCUCCAAAAUUUAACCCUCUGGAUGACCGGCGCGACCGCCAAAACCUACAGCGACUUCAACGGCCUGACCAACCUGAGCCAUCUCGAGAUAUGCCUUUGCGGAAUGCCACCGGCGCUGCUUGCAACACUGCUGAAGCGAUGUCCUAACCUGAGGGAACUAAACCUGCCUGCCAUGGACUACGAUCUCGACGACGAAACGGUUCGCGUUAUCGGCCAGGAGCUGCCGCUGCUGAACCGGCUGAGCGUGAAACGGUGCCGGCUCUCCGAGGCUGCCGAACGUUUCAUCCGUGAAAACUGUGGCUCGCUGCACGUGUUGGAUAUUGCGAAGAAGUAGCGAGGAGGGUGGCGAGGUUGGCUUUAUUCCGU